GUCUUUCUUUCCCUCCCCACCACCCCCCUCGUACUACAAGAGAUUAGAGUGUCUUUGUUCCUUCGUGACUCACGCCAACAUGAGCGAAGCUUCACUCUUAGCAUCCCAACUCUGGUCUCAAAUGCCUCGAGGUUAGUCCACCACAUGACAUUUCCAUUCCUCGCAAAGGCUAACGUGAUCUUUUCAGUAGGCGACACAAGGACGCGGCGGCGACGGCUGCGGCUGAGGAAGGUAAAGGGAGACGCGAAGAAGAGGCGGCUGAGUGACGAGCAAGUCAGGUUCCUGGAGAUGAGCUUUAGGGACGAAAGGAAGCUGGCGUCGGGGAGGAAAGCCCACAUCGCCGCCGAGCUCGGGCUCGACGGGAAGCAGGUGGCCGUCUGGUUUCAGAACCGGCGGGCGAGGCACAAGAACAAGCAGCUGGAGGAGGCCUACCUCAAGCUCAAGCUGGAACACGAAGCCGUCGUCGUCGAGAAAUGCCACCUCGAGAACGAGGUGUUACGACUGAAGGAGAAGCUUUUGGAAGCCGAAGAGGAGAUCAGGAAGCUCUCGUGGAGCGUGAAUGGAGGCAACCUCGGCUCGUCCUUCUCAGCCGUGAGCCAGCAGCCAAUACAUGGAGAGUUCGGAACGGAAGCAGAAGCUGAACUUGCUUACAUGGACGAGUAUGACUUCUACAACUACACGAUGGAGUGGACUAAUCCAUAUGGCAUAUAAAGAUCAUUGCAAUCGCCGUCAUUCAUAUAUGUGAUUAAUCCUCGUAGAUUCAACAACGUGAAUCUCUAGUUGUAAAUUAAGAUUGAUGUAGCAAUUGAUGUAGCAUGUGCAAAAAGGG